GGAAGUAAACGAUAAUAUAGCAUGGAUCCAUUGCCAAAGCUUGUUAUAAAAGAACGUACAGAAAAGCUAGGAACCAUGAUAAAUGAAACACAACAGAGGCCUGCAGGUUAUCCCACCGAAAGGAACUCCCCGCCUAGAAAAGAGAAGAUGGAGUACUGUGUCCGAAGCGAGCCAGAAGGUUCCAGCAAUUGUUGUAGAAUGUGUAAGAUAUUAUGGGCUUGCUUUACAUGUGAGGAAUGCUGCUCAUGACUCCAGCAAGCUAAGUGACCAACCUGCUAGCUGCCUCCAUCGAUCUCUGCCGGAAAAAGCCCAUCGCCGGCCACCAUGCUAUGCUGUAAGGGGGUGUCACCUGGUAGAGUUACAUGCAUGUGAUGAUGAAGGUUUCAUUAUAUCUAUUCUAAGGAUGUAAACUUUAUAUCACUAUCUCACACUAUAUAUAUCUAUUCUAAGGAGUACUAAAACAUCUUUGUUUUCCUAAUACUAGUAUAUGACUAUUUAUGUAUUUGGAUAUGCA